GCUGUCUGUCAAACAAUGCCACCAAUAUUCCUGUCGCUAACACUCAGUCUCAUCACGGUUUUAUCUGUCUUGUUUAUUUACUUGUACUAUUAUUUCACUCGAAACUUCAACUUCUGGAAGAAUCUCGGUAUCUCCUACGUAAAACCCCUGCCGUUUGUAGGCAAUCUGAAGGAAGUGGUGUUCCUGAAGGAAAAUAUAGGGAAGGCUCUUCAAAGAAUCUACAGCGAACAUAGUGACAAGCCGUAUGUGGGCAUCUUCGCGUUCGAUGAGCCGAGUUUGUUGAUUCGCGACCUGGACAUGGUGAAGAAUAUUCUUGUAAAGGAUGCGCAGAACUUCCUUGACCGUUCCAUCACAGUUGACGAAGAUGUGGAACCCCUGCUUGGAAAGACCAUGUUUGUGACAAAAGGACAACGCUGGCGCCGAAUCAGAGUGAAACUGACUCCGGUAUUUACAACGGCAAAAAUUAAGAUGAUGCUCUACCUCGUGGAACUCUGUGGCAAGGACCUGGUGAAGUACCUGGACAAGGUCACAGCUGACGGGACCCCAGUGGAUGUGAAAGAGACAAUGGCUAGGUUCACGACCGACGUGAUAGCGUCCUGCGCGUUCGGCAUCAACAGCAACUCGCUCAAGAAUCCCGACGCCGAGUUCAGGCGACACCUGCGCAAUGCGCUUGACUUCACUUUUAUUAAGGGAUUGGCAGGACUGACGGCGUUUUUCGCGCCUAAUCUUAAGAGGAGCUUGAAACUGAAAUUUGUGGAUGAUUACACAACCAACUACAUCAGAAACACUAUUUGGAAUACAGUGGAUUACAGGGAGAAGAAUGAGGUUAUACGAAAUGAUUUUCUGGAUUCUAUGAUCGAAAUGAGAAAUAAAUGGAAAAGGAGCGUCCAAGAAGACAAAACACCAGCAAAGAGUCAAGAGAACGAUUCACAUUUUGAAAUAGACGGAGACGAAUUUGUGGCUCAGGCAUUCCUUUUUCUAGCAGCGGGUUUAGAAACUUCUGCCACUGUACUGAGCUUCGCUUUGUAUGAACUCGCUUUGCAUUCUGAGAUUCAGCAGAGACUGAGGGCGGAGAUGACGCAGGUUCUGGACAAACACCACGGAGAGCUCACAUACGACGGAAUCCGUGAGAUGUCUUAUCUCGACAUGGUGGUCAGAGAGACGCUGAGAAAGUAUCCGGUACUCCCAUUCUUGGAUCGGAGGUGCGCCCGUGACUACGAGCUACCUUCUCCUUCCGGGAAGGAAACAAUAAUACUACCAGCAGGAACCGCAGUUUACAUCUCGGUGGUGGGUAUUCAAAAUGACCCGAAGUACUUCCCAGAAGGGGAGAAAUUCCUUCCAGAACGAUUUACAGAGGAAAAUAUAAAGAGUCGACCAAGCUACACAUAUCUCCCAUUUGGGGAAGGUCUUCGUAUGUGUAUGGGAAUGCGCUUUGGACUGAUGCAGGUGAAGACGGGACUCAUUCACAUAUUCUCCGCGUACGAGGUGGCGCCCUGCGAAGAAACCCCUGUGCCGAUUUCCUAUGAUUCAAAGUCACUUCUGUUGCGAGCGAAUGGGGAGGUACCGCUGUCCUUCAAACGUCUAUAAGUACGGUCGAACGGCACGGGACUCACUGCCGUGCUUGCUAAUAAAGGAAAAGCAAUGACAACAAAAAUGUCUAAAUUGGUAUUUCAAUGCACGUUAAUGUCGCUGCAUAUGAUUAACAUAUAAAUUAAGUUAAUUUAAUGAAGUAUCUUUAAGGAAUAUUUAAUUUGUUUCUUUAAUGAAAUACUCUCGAGGCAGUGUGCUGUACAUUUGUGAUAUUUUUUGUACAAGCAAGAUUGUAUUCAUGUGUCCAUAUGUAUACAAUAUAAUAUUAUGUAUUAUUUGUUA